UAGAACAUUGUAUUCAAAUGACGAGAGCAUGAUAGAUACUAAUAAGUUUAAAUUUUAUUUUGAGCAUCUAUGGAAAAAUUUAUCUGAAGAAAAUAGGAGGUCUUCUAUAUGUCUUGAUUCUUUAUGGUUUUCUAUGUACAAGAGCAAGGUGACAAAGGACAAGGUGCUCAAGUGGAUCAAAAUGAAGAAGAUACUUAAAAAAAAAUAUGUGUUUAUUCCCAUUGUUUGUUGGGGACACUGGAGCCUUCUUAUCCUUUGCAACUUUUGUGAAAAUAGGCAACCAAACAUUGAGAAGCCUUUCAUGUUACUAUUAGAUUCACUUCAUCAAGCAAAUCCAAAGAGGUUGGAGCCAGAUAUAAGAAGAUUUGUAUUGGACAUUUGUCGAACUGAGGCAAGAGAUGAGAAUAAAACGGCUAUAUCCAAGAUUCCUCUUCUUAUUCCCAAUGUUCCGCAACAAAGAAAUGGUGUGGAUUGUGGCAUCUUUGUUCUCUACUACAUAUAUUUAUUUGUCCAAAAUGUCCCUACAAAUUUUGCUUUAGAUGGCUACCCAUAUUUUCUUAAGGAAGAUUGGUUUUGUCAAGAUGACAUAGAAAACUUUCGGACGAAAUUCAAUUUUUGGAUGUAA